AUGGAGGACGCACACGCCGCAGUCCUGGACCUGCAAGCGAAAUACCUAGACAAGAAUCACCGACCCACCGAUCCCAGUAAACGCUUAUCCUUCUUCGGUGUCUACGAUGGCCACGGCGGGGAGAAGGUCGCCUUGUUCGCGGGAGAUAACGUCCAUCGCAUCGUUGCGACACAAGAAGCCUUUGCGAAAGGUGAUAUCGAGCAGGCGCUGAAGGAUGGGUUUUUGGCGACUGAUAGGGCGAUUUUGGAAGAUCCAAAGUACGAGGAAGAGGUCUCGGGAUGCACAGCGUCUGUGGCGGUCAUUUCAAAGGAUAAGAUUAUAGUGGCAAAUGCUGGUGAUUCAAGAUCCGUCCUUGGAGUCAAAGGGCGGGCAAAGCCUUUAUCCUUCGACCACAAACCACAGAAUGAAGGUGAAAAGGCACGGAUAAGCGCUGCUGGCGGCUUCGUUGAUUUUGGCAGAGUUAAUGGGAACCUCGCACUCUCCCGUGCGCUGGGCGAUUUCGAAUUCAAAAAGAGCGCAGACCUGGCACCAGAACAGCAGAUUGUCACGGCGUAUCCUGACGUAACUACACAUGAGAUCACGGAGGAUGAUGAGUUCCUUGUCAUUGCAUGUGAUGGUAUUUGGGACUGCCAAUCGUCACAGGCUGUGAUUGAAUUUGUCAGACGCGGCAUCGCUGCGAAGCAGGAGCUGCAUCGGAUUUGCGAAAACAUGAUGGACAAUUGCUUGGCGUCUAAUAGCGAGACGGGCGGUGUGGGGUGCGAUAACAUGACCAUGAUCAUUGUCGGAUUGCUCCACGGCAAGACCAAGCAGGAGUGGUACAAGACCAUCUCAGAACGCGUGGCGAAUGGUGACGGACCCUGCGCUCCGCCUGAAUAUGCCGAAUUCCGUGGCCCCGGAAUCCGCCGCCAAUUCGACGACACAAACCUUGACGACUACGAGUCGGGCCUUGACAAUAACUCGCGCCUUCGCGGCGGGCGAUCGGGCUGCAUUAUUCUGCUUGGCGACGGGACGGAGGUCAUGACCGACAUGGCCGAGGAGGAUAUGUUUGAUAAUGCCGAUGCAGAAGAGGAGGAGAGGGAUUUGGAGAGUCAGGUGCGUAAGGGCCAGGGACGCGGAAGUGGAAGUGGAAGCGCGACUGGGCCCAGGCGUGUCCGGGAUGAUGAGGAGGAUGAGAGUGAAAGUGAGAGUGAGAGUGAGAGCGAGAGCGAGAGUGAUGACGAUCUGGGGGUCAGGGCGGGGACGCCGGAGCCGGAGCCGGAGCCGGAAGGGCGACGGGGGAAGUCGCAGUCGAAUCGCCAGACGACACCGCAGGCUGAGACGAGGGGCCAAGGGCACGUGCAGGGAGGGAAGCAAGAGCUGGACGGGGCGAAGUCGCCGCGGGUAAUUUCUGUGUCGCCUUCGUCGACGACGCCGAAUGAUGUGUUGUCUGGUGGCGGGGAGAGGGCUGGUGCUGGUGCUGGUGCUGGUGCUGGGUCAAUGUCUACGGGUUCGGGUUCAGGUUCAAAUACGGCUGGGACAAAGUCAUGA